AUGCAGCUUCUCCCUCCCAGCCGGAAGAGCCCCCCGCCCCCUUCUCCCGUCGACGGCCUCCCCGCCGAGCUCCUGACCCAGAUAUUCCUCUUCGGCCACCGCGACGAUGACGCCGUCAAGGAGAACGGCAUGGUGCUCAAGUCGGGCCCCGACUUUGAGGUCCUGGUCUCGCACGUCUGCCAUCGAUGGCGCGAGGUCGCCACGCGCACCCCCUUCCUCUGGACGCGCCUUCGCUUCCGACUCGUAUCGCAUCUUACCCGGGGCCAGCUCUACAUCGAGCGCUCGCGCAAUCAGCUGCUGGACAUCCUCGUGGACACCGCGACGGAGGACAGGCAUGUCCCGGGCAUCACGAUCUUCAAGGACGAGUUCAAUCCCGUGUUCGACGUGAUCGCGCCGCAAGUGCACCGGUGGCGCUCGUUUGUGCUCAAGGUCCGUAGUACUUCCUGCAAAGCCGGCGCGCGGGCUCGUCUAUCCACUUGCGGGCCUGCCCCGAAUCUCGAGACUUUGGAGCUCUACCAUUAUCAGGACUGGGGCAACGGUCAGAACCUCUACUUGUCGACAUCCAAGCGGCCCGUGUGCAUCUUCGAGGCCUUCCUCCCGAAAAUACGCAACAUCUCCUUGAUCGGCGUCAACCUGGUCUGGGACGAGUGCCCGUUCUUCUCCAACCUAAAGUCCCUGGAAUUCGCCCUGCACAUUGAGAGCGUCCGCCCGACCUACCCGCAGUGGGAGCGCAUGCUGCGCGCCAGCCCCGAGCUCGAAAAGCUCGGGCUGCACUACUCCGGCCCGCAAGUCGACUCGGCGUGGAGCUGCGAGCCCAUCGUGCUCGAGCGCCUCGAAGACCUCGCCCUGACGUACCUCGACUCCGACUACCUCUGCCGCCUCCUCCGCCCGCUGCGCAUGCCGCGCCUGCGCCUGCUGCGCCUCGACGCCGAGGAGGACCAGUCGUCGUUCAUCGAGUUCAUCAGCGACCCCGCGACGGCGCUCCUCAGGUCCCUGCAGUGCAUCCACAUCUCCGCGCUCGAGUGCCCCGCGGGCAUGUGGCGCAAGCUCCUGCUGGCCAUCCCGCAGAUCACCGGGCUCGAAGUCAAUUUUGGGCGCGUGCCGGAGCAGUUCUUCCAGGAGCUCUUCAGGGUCGACUACGAGACCGAGCCCGAGCCCGAAGCUAGGGGCAAAGACAAAGACAAAGACGAAACCACACCUCCGCCCGCCGCGACGCCCGCGCCCCCCACAGACACCCCCGCGCUGCGCCCGCGCGUGCUCCUCCCGAACCUCAAGAUCCUAAAGUCGACGGGCCUGACGGGCGCGGACAUCGCGCGCUUCAUCGCGUUCCGCAGGUCCGUCGGGCGCCCCGUGCGCAAGUUCCUCGUGUGGCGCAAGGACGUCGAUGCGGACACGGAGCGCAUCCGCGCCGGAGAUGCGGACCUGCAGUACUUCCGCUUCGAGAUGGAUGUGUUCGGGCACGUCGACGAGGACUCGGACGAGGAGUACGCGGACGACGACGACGGGGAGGACGAGUCAACCCUGGAAGAUGAGUAA